AUGAACAAGACAACUAGUGCAGCAUCACUGCUGAUUUCAGCGGUUCUGGUUGGCUUACAGACGCCACUACAACCAAUUCAGUCCGCAUUGGGGUUCUCUAUCUUCGGUUACACGUGCGUUGACUAUCUGAUACCCAAAGUGGGUGCGGUGUUCAUCAAGCGGGGGAUCUUCGGGAAGGACAUGUCCAAGGUUGGACGGCCUAUCAUACCAGAAACGAUUGGGGUGAUUCCUGCGCUCGUUUACCUGCUAGUGAUGUUCUUCUAUAUCCCCUUCCUCUUUGCCAGGAAGGGAAACAACGGCGGAGGCGGAGAGGCCGAUGCAUCGGCGUUCUCACACUCAAAACUAUCGUCGUACUUGAGUUCGCUGCUCUCGCUCGAGUCGAUGAUUUUGUUGGGGUUGAUGGAUGACUUGUUCGACAUACGGUGGAGACACAAGUUCUUCCUACCUGCGAUUGCGUCGAUCCCCCUAUUGAUUGUCUACCAUUUUGAGUUCAACCAGACGUCGAUUCUUUUGCCCAAGUUCAUAUCCAAUGCGUUCCAGCUCUCGACCUCGGUGGACUUAGGGGUGCUGUACUACUUUUACAUGGCUGCGGUGUCGAUUUUCUGCCCCAACUCGAUCAACAUUCUUGCCGGAAUCAACGGCUUGGAGGUGGGACAAACGUUGGUCAUUGCCGUUCUCUUGGUGAUAAACGACCUCUAUUACAUUGUCGGCUACUUCUUGGAAGAUCACCUCAUCCAGUCGGCCUUUGAAGUCCACAUGUUUUCGCUUUGCUUCUUAAUACCAUUCCUGGGUAUCUCUUUGGCACUUUACAAGUACAACAAGUUUCCGGCCAAAGUUUUUGUUGGCGAUACCUGGUGCUAUUUCUCAGGCAUGGUUUUUGCCGUCAUCGGAAUAUCUGGUCAUUUUGCCAAAACGUUGAUGUUGUUUUUCUUGCCCCAAAUAUUGAACUUUGUCUACUCUUCUCCUCAGUUGUUUGGGAUAGUUCCUUGCCCAAGACAUCGCCUACCGAAGUUCAACGAGUCUGAUGGGUUGCUUUACAACUCUUACACCGAGUACGAAGACUCCGAGGAGAGUGCCGAGAGUUCUGAUGGAAAGAAGAAGCAGUUAAGGCCAUACUUGAAACCAGUAUUCAACCUUCUAGAAAAAAUGUAUCUGAUUAAACUCGUGAGGAAUGAAAAGGGAGAAAUUGUGAAGAGUUCGAACUUGACGCUGAUCAAUCUAGUGAUUAUAUGGUUUGGUCCGCGUAAUGAAGGAAAGUUGUGCACCCUGAUAAUGCAAUUACAGUUUGCAGUUGGGCUCUUAAUGCUAAUACUAAGGCACACUCUUGCGCCAACAGUAUUUGGCUUUGACAAUUCAUGGAGUAUGCUAAACAGAUUUUACAUUUCUUAG